CUGUAGUUCUACCGCAUGGAGAAGAACGUGUUAAAGGGGAAGGGCCACUGUUCCCUCCCACUGCUGGCUCCGCCCCACUCUCCUAGCUGGCAGUUAGCGCAGGGAAUCCCCGAUCUCCGAGCACAGACCGGGAUGGCAUCUGUAGGGGUUGGUGGGGUGAGCUCUCCCCUGUCCUCCUGCCUCUUCCUUGUCUGGAACCUGCUGCUCAUCUCGGCUGCUCGUUCCUUCCGCCUCUCCCGGCAGUUGGGUUCAGGCCAGCGGUAUGACAGUAGCACCAGCCCGGGACUCAGCUACGAGACCUACUACUUCAACCAGCAGGUCGACCACUUUGGUUUUUAUGAGGAUUCCACUUUCAAGCAGCGCUACUUAGUCUCUACCACCCACUGGAAGAAACCCGGGGGUCCGAUAUUGUUCUAUACUGGCAAUGAAGGAGACAUCACUUUGUUCUGUAAUAAUACAGGGUUUAUGUGGGAUGUCGCUGAGGAGAUUGGAGCCAUGUUGGUAUUUGCAGAGCAUCGCUAUUAUGGAGAAUCCAUGCCCUUUGGAGAUUUGGCAUUCAGUGAUCCCAAACACUUAAACUACUUGACAUCAGAGCAGGCCUUGGCCGAUUUCGCCAUUCUACUGAGAUACUUUAAAGCCACCACGGAAGGAGCUCAGGACAGCCCAGUCAUUGCCUUAGGUGGAUCCUACGGUGGGAUGCUGGCUGCCUGGUUUAGGAUGAAGUACCCAGACGUGGUUGUGGGGGCCAUUGCAUCAUCCGCCCCUAUCUGGCAGUUUGAGGAUUUAGUGCCUUGUAAUGAAUAUUACCAAAUUGUGACGAAUGACUUUAAGAAGAGCGGGCCUGGAUGCUCAGAAAGUGUCCGGAAUUCGUGGGCAGCCAUUAACCGGUUGGCUGAAACAAGUGAUGGGCUGCAGUGGCUCUCCAACGCUUUCCACUUGUGCUGCCCCCUAAAGAACAAGGAGGAUGUUGUGGGCUUCAAGGGUUGGCUGAGUGAGACGUGGGUGAGCUUGGCCAUGGUGGAUUAUCCUUAUCCCGCCAGCUUUCUGGAGCCUCUGCCUGCUUGGCCUAUUCAGGUAGUUUGCAAAUUCUUGAAGAACCCCAAGAGCGGAGACAAGGAUCUGCUGCAGGACAUAUUCCAGGCUGUGAAUGUUUAUUAUAAUUAUACCGGCGACUCCCAGUGCCUUAAUACCUCUCACACUGCCUCCGGGAGCCUCGGGGACCUGGGCUGGAGUUACCAGGCUUGCACAGAGAUGGUGAUGCCUUUCUGCUCUGAUGGGGUGACUGACAUGUUUGAGCCCCAGUCGUGGGAUUUUCAGGCUUUCUCUGAUGAUUGUUACAAGCAGUGGGGAGUGAGGCCUCGGAGCUCAUGGAUUACAACAGUGUACGGUGGAAAGAACAUCAGCUCACACAGCAACAUCAUAUUCAGUAACGGCGGUUUGGAUCCAUGGUCGGCCGGGGGUGUAAAGGAGAGCUUGAGUGACUCCUUAAUCUCCAUUAUGAUUCCUGAAGGGGCUCACCACUUGGAUUUACGCUCAAACAAUGCCUAUGACCCCAAGUCUGUGCUGCUGGCUCGCGGGCUGGAAGUGGAAUAUAUGAAGAAAUGGAUUGUACAAGCAAGAAAUGGGAAGGACUAAAGACUUUGUGCUGAUGAUGAUCCGCUUGACGGACACUUGGUCUAAAUGAUCAUUGGCUGCUGAUAAUCCCUGUGCUGUUAAUGAUGAGUGUGAUUGCUUUCCCAAAUACCUAUAGCAAGACACACACUCAUGUGGUUUAAUCCCUUCUACGUAGGGGUAUCAAACCCUGUUUAUUGCCUGAGCAGUCAUACAUGGAGCCGGAAGUGUGUGUGUGGGGGGAGGGGGUUAAAAUAGGGAAGUAAUUUUUAAUUAAGAUGGGAUUUAAACACAAAAAAAAAAGAAUUUUGGUUCAACAGCUGUCUAUAAAUGUCAAAGUCCGCAACGCAAGGGUUAACUGCCUGCAGAUAGCGCAAAGUUCAGCUGAACCCAGAUAACAGCAGUCUAAAACUACAAGUAUGUUAGAAACCAAUGCCCAGAGGAGCAUGCUGGGUAAGUUUUCAUCAAUGUCUAAUGGAGUUAAAUGCCCUUUCAUUAACUAAUUCAUAAUUCUCUAUUAUCGUUAGGGAUAUAGUUAUGAAGGGGAAACUCAGGUUUAAUUUGGUGUAAGUGGAUGUUUUUACAUUUUGUUUAGGUGAGGCAGACAUUGCAUGUUUUACGGGUAUUUUGCACCUGGGAGGGGGCAGCCAGUUAACAGACCGUCAGGGAUAAAG